AUGUCUACGACUGAGAAUCAGCGCGACCCGUGGGUGACCCAUGACGCCGCGGGCAGCGCCGGCGGCGCGCACGCGGCCAACAUGGACUCUGAGCUCGCGUCCAUCGUCUCCUCGCUCUCGGCGCUCUCCAGCGUCUCCGCGCACCAACAGCAUGGCCAGAUCGGCAGCUUCCGGCGCGGCUCCUUCCACAGCAACCAGGGAAGCGACGUUGAAUCUGAGAUGCUUUUUCACACGCAGACCUCGCCUCCCAUCAAGCGCACAACGCUUUCUGUCGGCGGUAUGCCACUCGGCGGGCCCUCUGGCGUCAACAACCGCCUGUCGAAGAUGAAGAACUAUUCCGGAAGCCUCGCGGGCGGAAGUGUCUUGCAGCAGCAGCCGAUACAGGGCGGCUUCUUCGAACGGUUCGGCCGCUCGCUUGCCGAGGGCACGCGGGAGGUCGAACUCAACCUGGGCAGCACGUCCGGCAGAGCUUCACGCCGAGAGAGUAUGAACGCCAUGGACUCGCUUUCGCGCGCCACCACGAACUCAACCUUCCAGGGCGUUGCUAUGGAAGGGAGGAGAACGUCGGUGGCUUCCGAUGCCAUGGAAUCUCUCAGCGAAAACCUGAACAUGCAGCCCGAAGAGCCUGGCAAUUUGAACCAUCGCAACAUCUGGAAGGUCGCCGAGGCCCCGGUCUUCAGACCCCAAGCUUCCGAAAACUCUGGCAUGGAGCCUGCGUUCCCACAGCCGCCCGCCGAGGCUCUAAACCAACCUUAUGGAUUCUCGUACCCCAACUACUGGAAAAUGGGCGCACCUAUGAUUCCACUCGCAGUGCCCCCCUCGGAGCAGCUCAAGGCGGGCAAAGACUUUCCCGAGCCUUCUGCUGCGGGCGGCAAUGUCCCGGUCGAUCCCUCGUCGCAACCCUUUCCUCCAUUCAUGUUCCCCAACAACCCUUACCUGUUUUUUCCUCCAGGCGCCACUCCGCCACCGCCACCACAUCCCUUUCAGCCUGCUGCGAGCAACCCUAAAGACUUGCCAAAAGGUCCAAAUGCCAAGACUCAUGGAAACCCUUACUUGUACAACUCGCGAAACCACAAACCUGCCCGUGGGAGUCCCAGCGCACCGUUCCCUCCACAGCCUAAUCCGGCGGCGGCGGCAAACUCCAGCACGCCUCGUGGAAAGGGCAAAUACAACGUUGUGAGGUCACCCCUUCUAGAAGAAUUCCGCAACAAUUCGUCUGGAAAAGAGUACAGGCUUCCAGAUAUCUAUGGUUCGGCAUUGGAAUUUUGUAAAGACCAGCAUGGCUCAAGGUUUAUUCAGCAAGAGCUAGUGAAGGCCACCGAUACGGAAAAAGAAGUGAUUUUCAAUGAAAUCCGAGACGAAGCCAUAAACCUGGCAGAUGAUGUCUUCGGAAACUAUGUUAUUCAGAAAUAUUUUGAGCACGGUUUGAAGUCCCAAAAGGAUGUUCUUUUUGAAAAAUUCACUGGCAAGAUGGAGAAAUUGUCCCUUCAGAUGUAUGCAUGCCGUGUGAUACAAAGAGCUCUCGAAUGCAUCGACCUUGACCAAAAAGUCAUUCUUGUGAAUGAGCUUUCCGGAUGUGUGUUGAAAAUGAUAAAAGAUCAGAACGGGAACCACGUUAUCCAAAAGGCGAUCGAACGCAUUCCAAUUGAGAAGCUGCCUUUCAUAUUAGGGAGCCUAGAGGGUCAGAUUUAUCAUUUAUCUACACAUUCCUAUGGGUGCAGGGUGGUCCAGAGGCUUUUGGAAUAUGGCACGCUUGAAGAUCAAGAAAAAAUACUAGCUGAUCUUGACCAAUUCAUACCGUUCUUGAUCCAGGACCAGUACGGUAACUACGUGAUCCAGCACAUUUUGAAGCAGGGGCCCGAGACUGAUGAUACACAUAUUGGGAGAACUAAACAGAACAUUGUUGACAUCGUUUGCAAAAAUGUUGUGGAGUACUCGAAGCACAAAUUCGCUUCUAACGUUGUUGAAAAAACCAUGGUCUUUGGCUCACCUGCGCAAAAGAAGCAGUUUAUGGAAAAGGUGCUGCCGGAAAGUGCAGAGCAUGCCACUCGCUUGGAAGACAAUGCUCCCCUGAUCUUAAUGAUGCGCGACCAGUACGCCAACUACGUAGUUCAAAAACUGGUAGGGGUUGCCGAGGGAGAUGACAAAAAAGUCACAGUCAUUGCUAUCCGUUCGUACCUCGAGAAGCUGAACAAGAUCAAUGCUCUUGGAAACCGUCAUUUGGCUUCUGUCGAGAAAUUAGCUGCAAUUGUGGAAAAUGUUCAAGUCUAA